AAGCAAUCCAGUUUCAUAACCUUGAGUGGGAGGAGUUUGGGUUUUCUGGAAGCUGGGAGCAGCAGCGCUGGAGUUGUGAGGGGGAACUAGAGCAACGGCGAGCAAGGGAAAAGCCUCGCGCGUCUCAGCGAAGCCCUGCGCGUGGGUAGAAUGAGUAGAAUCAACUGAACUGCGCACUUUAAUAACAGCCUACAUUUUUAUCCCAGAAACGGCGUGUAAUUCUUUUUUUGGGCUCGACAGAAUCGAAUUAGUUAGUUUAGCGUUUAGUCGAUUUAACCCACCUGGUUCCGUGACUUCAACAGCGAUUAUUUUGGAGUUGUUUUUAGCUACCUCAACCUCGAGUGGCGGCGGGAUUAAGGGGGCCGGGAGAGAGGGAGGAGAAGGUGGGGCAGAGUGAGUCAAACGGACCGAGCGCUCACUACUGCCCGCCCGCCCGCUUCAACCGAACCACCAACGGAUGUUUUUCCUUUCAUUAAAACCGACAGGAAUCAAUAAUUUCUUGUUUGUCGGAAUUUGGAGAGCGGUAACGUCGGCUGUCAGUGUUUCUUUUCGCCGCACAUUCCUGGUACUCUGAAGUAUCUACGCUGUAAUCCUCUGAUAUAUUUACCAUUUGGACGGAUUUUUUGGGGGGAGUGUAAAUUCCCCGGUCUUGUUGGACCAUGGCCGACGACGACGUGCUCUUUGAAGAUGUUUACGAGCUGUGCGAGGUCAUUGGCAAGGGGCCGUUUAGUGUGGUGCGAAGAUGCAUCAACAGGGAGACGGGCCAGCAGUUUGCUGUGAAGAUUGUGGAUGUGGCCAAAUUCACCUCCAGCCCUGGCCUCAGCACAGAAGAUCUGAAGAGAGAAGCAAGCAUCUGCCACAUGCUGAAACAUCCUCACAUAGUGGAGCUUCUGGAGACCUACAGCUCUGAUGGGAUGCUCUACAUGGUGUUUGAGUUCAUGGAUGGAGCAGAUCUCUGCUUUGAGAUUGUGAAGAGAGCAGAUGCUGGUUUUGUUUACAGUGAGGCAGUAGCCAGUCACUACAUGAGACAGAUCCUAGAGGCUUUGCGGUACUGCCAUGACAACAACAUCAUUCACCGGGAUGUGAAGCCACAGGCCAGAGGAAAGCACAGAGGAGAGCACGCCCCUUAUGCCAGUGCUCUGUGGAAUCCUAUCAGGACCAACUUUGUCUGGAGUUUAACUUUGGUUUUGGUUGGGUUUUCUUUGGAUGUGCUGUACGACAAGAUAAACACCAAGUCUUCACCACAAAUCAGGAAUCCUGCAAGUGACGCAGUUCAGAGAGCCAAAGAGGUACUGGAGGAGAUUUCAUGCUACCCGGAGAAUGCAGACGCUAAAGAACUGAGACGGAUUCUAACCCAGCCCCAUUUCAUGGCCUUACUUCAGACUCAUGAUGUUGUGGCACAUGAGGUAUACAGUGACGAGGCACUGAGGGUCACCCCACCCCCCACAUCACCAUAUCUCAACGGAGACUCACCUGAGAGCACGAACGGAGACAUGGACAUAGAGAACGUUACACGAGUGCGCCUGGUUCAGUUCCAGAAAAACACUGAUGAACCGAUGGGUAUCACGUUGAAAAUGAACGACCUGAACCAUUGCAUCGUGGCAAGAAUAAUGCAUGGAGGAAUGAUCCACAGACAAGGAACUUUGCAUGUUGAAGACGAGAUCCGGGAGAUCAAUGGCAUAAGUGUAGCAAAUCAAACGGUGGAGCAGCUUCAGAAGAUGCUUCGGGAAAUGAGAGGCAGCAUCACCUUUAAGAUUGUGCCAAGCUACCGCACACAGCAGUCGCCCUGUGAGAAAGAAUCCCCCUCCACCUCCAGACAGUCCCCUGCUAAUGGCCAUUCCAGCAUUAACAGUUCUAUCUUGGACUUGCCGUCAACCAUGCAGCCAAUAGGACGUCAGAUCUAUGUACGGGCGCAGUUCGAGUAUGAUCCGGUGAAGGAUGACCUCAUCCCCUGUAAAGAGGCAGGGAUUCGCUUCAGGGUGGGUGACAUAAUCCAGAUUAUCAACAAAGAUGACCAUAACUGGUGGCAAGGCAAGCUGGAAAACACCAAGAAUGGCACAGCAGGACUGAUUCCCUCACCUGAACUUCAGGAGUGGCGGGUGGCCUGUAUAGCCAUGGAGAAAACCAAGCAAGAACAGCAGGCAAGCUGUACUUGGUUUGGCAAGAAAAAAAAGCAGUACAAAGACAAAUACCUAGCAAAGCACAACGCAGUGUUUGAUCAACUAGAUCUGGUUACAUAUGAGGAAGUAGUGAAGUUGCCAGCAUUCAAGAGGAAAACAUUAGUUUUACUAGGUGCUCACGGUGUUGGCCGAAGACACAUCAAGAACACACUCAUCACCAAACACCCAAACAGAUUUGCUUAUCCCAUUCCACACACAACCAGACCUGCAAAGAAAGAUGAAGAGAACGGCAAGAAUUAUUUCUUUGUAUCCCACGACCAAAUGAUGCAGGACAUCUCCAACAACGAUUACCUGGAGUACGGCAGCCACGAGGACGCGAUGUACGGCACGCGGUUGGAGACAAUACGCAAGAUCCAUGAGCAGGAACUCGUAGCCAUACUGGAUGUAGAGCCACAGGCACUGAAGGUUUUACGGACAGCUGAAUUUGCUCCCUAUGUGGUUUUCAUUGCUGCACCAACCAUCACUCCCGGCAUGAACGAGGAUGAGUCAUUACAGAGGCUGCAGAAGGAGUCCGAGAUCCUCCAGAAGACAUAUGCACACUAUUUUGACCAAACCAUCAUCAAUAAUGAGAUUGACGAGACUAUUCGGCUCCUGGAGGAAGCCAUAGACCUGGUUUGCACCACGGCCCAGUGGGUUCCAGUGUCCUGGGUCUACUAAAACAGCAAGCCCAUCAACCUGUAACCUUACACCCUUCAUAACCUCAUACUUUGCGUGCAUCUCUGCAAGAAGAAAAAAAACUUGCAACUUUCCCAUGAUGCAAACAGAAGCCCACCUCUGACGUUUAACAACAACAUCGAUGUACCUGCAGUGAGCCCAGUCUUGGCCCCUCACAGACUACCUAGAAGUAGUGUUGUAUUAAUGAAAAAAAUCUAUAAAAUAAAUGACUAAAUAUUGUCAUGUCUAUAUAGCUAGGAGGCAACAUUUUGUAGACGUUUGAUUUAAAGAGACAGUAUCCUACAUGACGCAUUUUCCUGAAAGGAAUAUUUUUAUAGUUUUUAAUGCCCAUAUUUCUGUUAGUACCAGACUGAAAGUGCGGUAUUCCUACAGCAGAAUCCUCACAGCUUUCAUCUGUCCAGCCGUCCAUCAUACAUAAUCCCACAUUAUCCAUGCGGCAGAGCCCAGCUGCUUUAGCACAACCCUGCGAUUCAGCUUUCAACCCUUUGCCUUUUUUUUGGUUCGUUUUUCCCAUUUCACCCUCCUCUACACGUGGAUACUGUCUCUCUAAAGACGCACAUAGAUGUUUUAGAGAUUUGAAUGAGAUCUCAUGCAUGUGAACAUUGACGAGCGUCCAUGCUGUCAGUGUUAGCUGUGUUCAGACCGUCACCCACAGCAGAAAACAUUCCAUUCGUCUGGAUGAACACAUUCAAACAGCUGGAGCCGGUGACGAGGAGAGAAA